GGGCGGCCCCCCGCUCCCCUCCCUCCGCUUCCCGUCCCUGCCCCUUCCCCCAUGGCGGCGCUGGGCGCCUCGGCGCGGCUGGCGGCGGCGGCGGCGCUGUGAGCAGCGGGCCGGGCGGGCAUGGCGGGCCGCGGCCGCCGCGCCUGGCUCAGCGUCCUGCUGGGGCUGGUGCUGGGCUUCGUGCUCGCAUCGCGCCUCGUCCUGCCCCGCGCCUCCGAGCUGGCGGCGGCGGCGCGGCCCCACCGAGCCCGCCCGCAGGGCUGCCGCCCGCCGCCCGCCGCCGCCGCCGCCGCCCCGCCGCGCCGCCCCGGCCCGCCGGCACAGAGCUUCCUCUUCGUGGGGGUCAUGACUGCGCAGAAGUACCUGCGGAGCCGCGCCGUGGCCGCGCACCGAACGUGGUCCAAAACCAUUCCUGGCAAGGUCGAAUUCUUCUCCAGCGAGGGCUCGGACACCUCCAUCCCCAUCCCCAUCGUGCCGCUUCCAGGUGUCGAUGACUCCUACCCCCCCCAGAAGAAAUCCUUCAUGAUGCUCAAAUACAUGCAUGACCACUACUUGGACAAAUACGAAUGGUUUAUGAGGGCUGACGACGACGUUUACAUCAAAGGGGACAAACUGGAGAACUUCCUCAGGAGCCUGAACAGCAGCGAGCCGCUGUUCCUGGGGCAGACCGGCCUCGGCACCACGGAGGAGAUGGGGAAGCUGGCGCUGGAGCCGGGAGAGAACUUCUGCAUGGGGGGGCCAGGAGUGAUCAUGAGCCGGGAGGUGCUGCGGAGGAUGGUGCCCCACAUCGGCGAGUGCCUGCGGGAGAUGUACACCACCCACGAGGACGUGGAAGUGGGACGCUGCGUGCGGAGGUUCGCGGGGGUGCAGUGUGUCUGGUCCUACGAGAUGCAGCAGCUGUUCUACGAGAAUUACGAGAAGAACAAGAAAGGCUACAUCCGAGACCUGAGGAACAGCAAAAUCCACCGAGCCAUAACGCUGCACCCCAACAAGAACCCCCCGUACCAGUACAGGCUGCACAGCUACAUGCUGAGCCGCAAGAUCGCCGAGCUGCGCCACCGCACCGUGCAGCUGCACCGCGAGAUCGUGCUCAUGAGCAAGUACAGCAACACCGAAAUCCACAAGGAGGACCUGCAGCUGGGGAUGCCGCCCUCCUUCAUGCGGUUCCAGCCCCGCCACCGGGAGGAGAUACUGGAGUGGGAGUUCCUUACAGGAAAAUAUUUGUAUUCCGGUGCCGACGGGCAGCCACCUCGGAGAGGGAUGGACUCGUCCCAGCGCGAGGCGUUGGAUGACAUCGUUAUGCAGGUCAUGGAAAUGAUCAACGCCAACGCCAAGACGCGGGGGAGAAUCAUCGAUUUCAAGGAAAUUCAGUAUGGAUACCGCAGGGUGAACCCCAUGUACGGAGCAGAGUACGUGCUGGACCUGCUGCUUCUCUACAAGAAGCACAAGGGGAAGAAGAUGACGGUCCCCGUGAGGAGGCACGCGUACCUGCAGCAGACCUUCAGCAAGAUCCAGUUCAUGGAGCACGAAGAGAUGGACGCCAAAGAGCUGGCCAGCAAAAUCAACCAGGAUUCUGGGUCCUUGUCCUUCCUCUCCAACUCGCUGAAGAUGUUUGUCCCUUUCCAGCUCAGCAGGUCCAAAGCAGAAAGGAAGGAGCUCAAAGACAAGAAGAUCAACAUCCUGAUCCCUCUCUCUGGACGGUUUGACAUGUUUGCAAGGUUCAUGGGGAAUUUUGAAAAGACGUGCCUCAUUCCAAACCAGAACGUCAAGCUGGUUGUUCUGCUUUUCAAUUCCAACUCCAACCCUGACAAAGCGAAGCAGAUCGAGCUGAUGAGAGAUUACCGCUCCAAAUACCCCAAGGCUGACAUGCAGGUUCUGCCGGUGUCGGGGGAGUUCUCAAGGGCACUGGCUCUGGAAGUCGGAUCUUCUCAGUUCCAGAACGAGUCUUUACUUUUCUUCUGUGAUGUUGACUUAGUGUUUACCACAGAAUUCCUCCAGCGGUGUAGAGCCAAUACAGUUUUGGGUCAGCAAGUAUAUUUUCCCAUCAUUUUUAGCCAGUAUGAUCCAAAGAUUGUUUAUAGUGGAAAGGUUCCUAGUGACAAUCAUUUCGCCUUCACUCAGAAAACAGGUUUCUGGAGGAACUAUGGCUUUGGUAUCACCUGUAUUUACAAAGGUGACCUUCUUCGAGCGGGUGGCUUUGAUGUCUCCAUCCAAGGUUGGGGCCUUGAAGACGUAGAUCUGUUUAACAAAGUCAUUCAAGCUGGCUUAAAAACUUUCAGAAGCCAAGAAAUUGGAGUAGUCCAUGUGCAUCACCCUGUUUUUUGUGACCCUAAUCUUGAUCCAAAACAAUAUAAAAUGUGCUUGGGGUCCAAAGCUUCAACUUAUGGGUCCACACAACAGCUGGCUGAAAUAUGGUUUGAAAAAAACGACCCAAAUUUUGGGAAAAGCAGCAAUACUAAUGGCUCAGUGAGGACAGCCUAAUGUCCAGCUAUGCUGGAAAAGACUUUUUUUUUAAUUAUCUAAUUUAUUUUUGGGAAAAUGUUUUUUGAUAAUUCACUUUUAAAAGACCACACAGGAUAUAUUUUAGAAAUCAUCGUUGUUUUCUUAAAAAGCGCUCGUUUUGAGAAGAACAAGGCCCUUGGGUUUUUUUGUUGUUGUGUUUUUGGUUUUGAACAAAACUGUGAUCAAUAUUUGCCUUCAAACAAAAAAAAAAAAAAAAAUUGUUUAAGAGUUAUCUGAUCAGCGGAAAUCUGACUUGAAUUAGAAUUUCCUUAUGAACAAAAGAUUAUUUCCUACCGUUUCCGUUGCCGUCUUCAUGGCUGGGAUUCUGUAAAUGUGGACCUGAGCGUGCAAAGCCAAGUGACAAAACGCUGUGUCUAAAUGUUUUUGUUGUGACUGCUACCGUGCAAAGAUUCUGCUCCUUUGGUUCAGGAUUAGCCAUUAAUUUUCAAAUUGCAUUAGAAAAUCCAAGUCGCUGUGGCGAUGAGAAGGGGGUGGUAAUCGCAGGAGGGUUUGUUUGGUUUUUUUUUUUCCCUAACAGCUGAUUAUUUCAGUUUAAAAAUAUACUUCCACUUAUGGGCAGGCAAGGGAAGGAAGUAAGCACAAGCCGUGAUUAGUCCUUGUAGAAAUUGUUGUGUUUGGUAUUUGGUCCACAGACGGACGGAAUGUUUGGGGAAUCCAUGGUGGGUUCUGUGUUUUGUCCUCAGCCGCCUCCCAGGGCUGAGCGAUGCGACCAGGAAAUGCCUGAGGAGCGAGGGGAAGGGGCUGGGGAAUGGGAAUCUCUGGCAGCCAAAGGACAGCACACAAUGAACAAUCCAAGAUCCCUGAGGAGAGCCUGGAAAACUCCUCUGCACCGAGUGUCCCGCGCCCGAUCGCAUCCGUUUCAUUCAAUCGCUCACGUGAUGUUAAUGGGAACAAUUAUUACAUUGGAUUAUUAGUUUUGGUUUGGGAUUUUUUUUUCCCCCUGUAUCUGCUAGACCAUUAAUUUAUUUAAUAUCCAUUGUUUUAGGUUCUUGACCUUUCCUUGAAUAUCUGUUAGUCAUUUUAAUAUUUUAUAUAUAUAUAUAUGUGUGUGUAAAUAUAUAUAUAUAUAUUAGGAAUGUAUUGCAUCUUCUCACUGAUAAGGUAGUGUACAUCAUACUUACAGUAAAUGUUCUCCAAAGAUUACUUUCUAAAAUAUUUUUUCAUGAAUCUUUUUUUUUUUUUAUCCUCCCCUCCCAAAUUUAACAUUUUUGGAAUGACUUCAGUGAGUUUAGGAAUUUUUUUGGUAUUCUAAGAGGAACUGGGGAUGAGGAGGCUGAAUACAAGGGAAAUGUGAUCCCUGUGAGUAAACACCUAGCAAGGUAAGAGAAAAUACACAAAAUAAAGUGCCUUAAAGCCAGAUAGGGAACCCUGUACACUGAGACUUGGACAGUGACUGGACAUUGUCAUUGAAGCAGAUGAUCUCUUGGGACCUAUGUACCUGUAAAUAUCCUGCUCAGCAGAAACAAAAAAUAAAAACCAGCGAACAAUAUAUUUUUCUAUCGUAUCCUCCAGCCCCAUUUCAUCUCAUUGCCCUCAGUUCCACUUCUACUCUUUGGGAAGUGGAGGCAAGUGAACAAAUGGAGAAAAUCCAAGGCUUAAGUGGUUGUUACCAUGUUUGAAGGGAUAUUAUGGAGCAACUGCUAUUCCAGUAGAAGAAAUAACAUUGUUUACACGUGUGUGGAGUAUGAACUGCAACUAGCAUAGAGUCUGUGUCUUACAAUGUUCAUCCUUUUCUGGUGACAGUCCCGAGGAUGUAGGUGCAUGGAAAAUUUUUCCUUCUCUCUCUUUUUUUUUUCCUUUCUUUAUUUCUUUUUUUUUUUUCUUUUUUUUUUCUUUUUUAAGACUUGCUUCUAAGAUGCAAUAAAGAUUUUUUUAUUUGCAAUUGGAGCUGCUCACGUUGUCAGUCCGUAUCGUUCCACCCAGCACAGAGUAACACACUUUGGGAAUAAGUCUGGGUAAAAGGAUCUCUGUCUUCCAAAGGGUUUUGACCUCUGUGUUGUGUUUUGGCCUGGGAUGAGCUCAGUUGGCGCUGAGGGAAGGGAGAACAAACCCAUUCAUCAGGUUCAGGUGCUGAUGAGCUGUGCCAUUCCCUGGUUUUGACUUUUUCCUCAUGAAAAUGUUCAAAGUACUUCUGCUGCCUGAGAAUACCCUUAAGUGUGCAUCUCACACGCAGUGACAAGGCUGCAUGGUGCCCUGAUGUUCUGUGUGUUCAAAACACAGUACAAAUAAUUAUUAAGUGGGUUGAACACUUAUUAUUUAAUAACUCUAGGAGUUGUUCAGUAUUGGUGUGAGGACAAAAUUAAGUCCCAAAGCAAGAAUCUUGGGGAUUGCAGAGGUGUUUCUUCACACAAGGGAAAGGAAAAAAAAAAGGCAGUUUGUAUUUGUGGUGCAGAAAAGAGCUUAAAGAAUAUGAAUCCCAAAGAAUGGCAGUAAAACAGGAGGAAAAAAAGCCCUGUACUUGUACUGUAUUUAUUAACAUUUAUGAUUAUGGACUUUUUUUAGCCCAUAACAGCUGGUAAAAGCAGAAUGUAUGUAACUGGAAAAAGCCAUUUAGUGAACAGCACCCAUCUGGUAUUGGGGUUUUUUUCUCUGUUGCUGCAGUUCUAAUUCUGUUACCGAAUCUCUGUUAAAAGUGAGUUUUUUACCAAGCUUGCAGGCAGCCUGUCAGGCCUCACAUUGCAAUUGUUCACAUAUUUUAUGGACUUGCAGCUUAAAAAUAACCCAUUUUAAAGUUAAAUUUUAAUUUUAACCCUUUAUGACAAAGUCUAAACACAUAAACCCCAUUUUACACUAAAAUAAGCAGCAUUUGCUGCCCCAGGUGUAAGGAACUGGACAGAGGUGGAAAUCAUCAGCUGGUAGGUGCUGACCCAGCCUUGACAAAAAUUCCUUCUGGGGCUGGAACAUUUCAUCCUCAAUUUACUCCAGUUGUUUGCUUCCGACAGAAGUUCCCUUCACGCUGAGGAAGCGGGAAAUCAUGGGAGGGUUUUCUUCUGGGCCACAGAGGUGUGAGAAAAUGAGAUGGUGUCAUGCUGAAAACGAAGGAUGUGGUGCCCAGUCUUGUCCUAUCUGUAGAGAUGUUUCUCUUCUUUAUUAAAUUAAAAAUGUGAGACA